AUGGCUGAUGUUGAUACACAACUUGACCCAGAGCGUAACGACGGACCUGCGCAGUGGACGCUGUGUCCAGUGUCUUCACACCAAGUCCUCUGCUGUCCAGAUCUCGAGGAAGCGGACAAAGGAACAAUAAGCAAAAAAGAAGAAAAGGAGUUGAGAGUUAGGCCCCGAGCAAUGGCGGCCCACUGAGAUAUGGGCAACAACCUGCCUCCUGCUAAAUAUGACCUUGCACACCUUCAUCCGCCAUCCAUCGACAACACUCAUUGA